AGGAGAUGACCAGCGGAGACUGCGGACGUAGUACAGGAGAUAUGACCAGAGACUGCGGACAUAGUACAGGAGAUGACCAGAGACUGCGGACAUAGUACAGGAGAUGACCAGAGACUGCAGAGACUGCAGUACAGGCGAUGACCAGAGACUGCGGACACAGUACAGGAGAUGACCAGAGACUGCAGACAUAGUACAGGGAUGACCAGAGACUGCAGACAGUACAGGAGGAUGACCAGAGACUGCAGACAUAGUACAGGAGAUGACCAGAGACUGCGGAUACAGUACAGGAGAACACCAGAGACUACAGACACAGUACAGGAGAACACCAGAGACUGCGGACAUAGUACAGGAGAUGACCAGCGAGACUGCGGACAUAGUACAGGAGAAGACCAGAGACUGCGGACAUAGUACAGGAGAUGACCAGAGACUGCAGAAACAGUACAGGAGAACACCAGAGACUGCAGACACAGUACAG